AUGGAUCACUUUUUCCGAAGAAAGCGAGUUGGUCUGCUGAAACCUCUGCUAAGUGUGUCUCUUGUCUUUGCGUCUUUUCUCAUGAUCCACAAACUGAAGCUGGCAGAGAAAGACGCUGUGGGGGUCAAACAUGUUCGGGAUGCUGGCUGGUGCGGCUCUGACUGUUAUUCAUUCAAGAAGAGUGCCGUGAAAAAUAGUUUGAGGGUUUCAGACUCGCCGGUGCUUAACAACGCUUCAAAUACGCAGCGGCUUUCCAACGGGACUCCGGCUUUCUGGGACGCACAAGUUCUCAACUGCAGCGAGGACGCGUCUGUCAGAAACAAAGACUGGUUCAAGCGCUUGGACCCCAGAUUUCACCAGUUUGUUCUGCACAGACACUGCAGGUACUUUCCCAUGCUCAUUAACCACCCAGAGAAAUGUGCAGCUGGAGAGAUGCACCUCCUUAUGGUGGUCAAGUCCGUUAUAGAGCAGCACGACCGGCGCGAGGCUGUGCGUAAAACAUGGGGCAAGGAGCACACGGUGGAUGGGAAAAAAAUCGGAACCUUAUUUCUGUUGGGUAGCCCUACGACUGGCAAAGACACGAAAAACCUCCAAAAACUGAUUGAGUAUGAGGACCGGAUCUAUGGGGACAUCCUCCAGUGGGACUUCAUGGACACAUUUUUUAACCUGACCCUGAAAGAGGUCAACUUCCUCAAGUGGUUCGACAUCUACUGCUCCGACGUCCAGUUCAUAUUCAAAGGAGACGAUGAUGUGUUUGUGAACACGCACAACCUGCUGCAGCUCAUCAGCUUUAAAAUGGAGGAUCAUAAAGAUGCAGAUGUUUUCGUGGGAGACACCAUUUCCAAGGCAAUUCCCAUCCGCAACCGGCAAAGCAAAUACUACAUUCCCAAAGAGCUUUUCGAUAAGCCGUAUCCUCCUUAUGUGGGUGGUGGUGGGUUUCUCAUGUCCUCUCAGUUGGCCAGGAGACUCUUCGUGGUCUCGGAGGACCUAGAGUUGUACCCUAUUGACGAUGUGUUUUUGGGGAUGUGCCUGCAGAAGCUUCACUUGGCUCCAGAGAUGCAUCCAGGCUUUAGGACAUUUGGCAUCACCAGGCGAAGGGUGAGCCCCAUGAACAACGAGCCGUGCUUUUAUAAAAACCUCAUUGUGGUGCACAAACUGAGCGCGCAGGAGCUGCUCAGGAUGUGGAGCGUUGUGCACAACGAGGCACUGGUUUGCGCAAAAAGGACCUCCUUAUGA